AAUCACAGUAUUUGAUUAAAGGAAGCUUGAAUUUUCAUACCGGAAAAAUGGCUAACAUUUAUACGAGACGGGAUGGAAAGCCAAGAACAACUACCUUCGCAGAUUUCAAGUUUCACAAAGAUUUUUCUUAUAAAAAUACUAAACUUCAAACAGCAAGACUUUUGUCUCCGAAUCGUAGUAAAAACCCACAUUCACUUGGUUUGAUCUACCAAAAUCCGUACAACAAAGAUAACCUGACCUUCAGUAUAUGGAGCCCUCCGUUCUGCAAGAACUUCCAAGACAAGUUUAGCCAUAUGCAAGAAACUAAUUGGACUUGCAAACACGAGGCCACAUGCGAGAACCUACUCGAACAAGAUUUUCCGGGAAAGCCCCCGAAGAUUCGCUACUCCACGAGCUCCACAUCUCGACAGAGCUACCAGGAUCCCGCCAAGCGUAUGGCCAACUGGAAGAAUUGUAGCCCCUUGCCGCCUACCCGGUACAGCUCUAAUCCUGAGCGCAACCGUGACCCCGUGGUCGGGAUAGUUCCGAAUGCAGUUGUUCUACCACCCAUCAACAAAGACGAGAAGAACACGCCCCCAAACUCUGCCACAAACCUCACCAGCUAA